GUAUGAACUAGCUUAACUGGUCCUCUGAGCCACAACUGCACUAAACCACCAACGGAGCAUCAACCAGCUAGCUAGAUUGGAAGUAAAUAUGGCAAAAUUAUUGGGAUUGGAUAAACUUGUCACGGUUUUCCGUAUAAUACGCGAAAAUGGUGGAAUUAUUAAUUCUAUUAAAACAUUUUACAGAACGGAUGAUCUGAGAACUGGGACGCUGGUUGGAGUGGAUAAAUUUGGAAAUCGAUAUUUUGAGAAUAACACAUUUUUUGUAGGUCGUAAUAGAUGGGUAAAUUAUUCAGAGAAAGUUGGAUUGAAUUAUGAUGGCUCACAAGUUCCAGCAGAAUGGUUUGGUUGGUUGCAUUAUAAAACAGAUUUACCACCACAUAAAGAUCCCUCUCGACCAAAAUAUAAAUGGAUGGCGGAACACAAACCAAAUUUAAGUGGUACUAAUCAAGCUUAUAUGCCUUACAGUACUACAAAACCGAAAAUUGAGCCUUGGCAGCCACCACAGUGAUAGAUGUUAUAUAAACAGCAGUAAAAUAAAAGCAGUUUAAUUAGCUUGUAACAAAAUAUUAUUGAUGUAAAGAACUAAAUAGAGCUCUGUUGAAAUUGUAAAUAUUUAAAACGCAGAUAUUUUCUUCUUUUUUCAGCGAAUCCUAGUACAAUAACGUCAAAAUAAAAGUGACAACAUAAACGAUAUUUAAUGAACUUUUAAAAUGUUUAAAACUAUUUUAAAUAAUAGAAGAGAAUAA